AUGCCCCCGGAGAUCCCAGCUGCUCCUCUCCCAGAGUCACGAGGCCAGGGUCUCCCUCAUCCUAAAACCACCAGCUGGGGCCAGGAGGCAUCCACACCAGCCAGCUGCCCGAGACUCACCGAGGGCUUCGCAAGUAGGAUUCUCGAGGACAGGCCCAUUCCAGCGGUGGGGUGUGGUUUUGGAGUGAGGAUGGCGCGUCUGGCGUGUCUGCUGUGGCUCAGCUCUCUGUGUCUGAGCUGCUCUGUUGGUGGAGAAGUGUGCGUGUCAGGCCAUGACAGCGGGCCUGUGUUCGAGGAGCAGCCCUCCAGCGUGGUCUUCCCCGAGGGCCUUACAGAGGAGAAGGUCACCUUAGCCUGUCAGGCCAGAGCCAGCCCUGCUGCCACGUACAGGUGGAGGGUAAAUGGGACAGAAGUGCCAGUGGAGGAGGACCCACGAUACACCCUGAUGGCGGGGAAUUUGGUCAUCACUGGCCCCCAGCAAGGCCGGGACGGCGGGUCCUACCAGUGCAUCGCCAUCAACCGCUGCGGCACCAUCAUCAGCCGGGCUGCCAACCUCAAGUUUGGCUACCUCCACGACUUCCCCCCAGAUGACAGGAGCCCGCAGACUGUGUAUGAAGGAGCAGGAGCCACUCUACACUGCCAGCCCCCUUCCCACUACCCAGCUCUGUCCUAUCGUUGGUUCGUCAAAGAGUUCCCCUACUUUGUCCAGUCGGACGGGGGCCGGUGGUUCGUUUCCCAGGUGACCGGGAACCUAUACCUGGCUAAGGCGGAGACUGAAGACUCAGGCAACUACCACUGCUUCACCACCAACAGCAUGGACAUCAACACCAAGAGUGUCUUCAGCAGGGCUAACCAGCUCAUAGUGCAGCCUGAAGCUAACCCCAGGAAGUCUGCUCCAAACAUCAAAGUGCGCUUUCCCUCCGAGACCUAUGCAUUGGCUGGACAGACAACACAACUGGAGUGUUUUGCAUACGGCAAUCCUGUGCCAAAGCUGCACUGGAGGAAGGUGGACGGCAGUCUUCCCUCCAAGGAAUUGGCCAGCGCCGAUGGGCCCAUCCUCACCAUACCGGACCUGAGCUUCGAGGACGAGGGGGUGUAUGAGUGUGAGGCCCAAAACUCAGAGGGCCGGGACACCCACCAGGGCCGCAUCACCGUACAAGCCCAGCCGGAGUGGCUGCAGGUGAUGAGCGACUCGGAGGUGGAGAUCAGCUCGCAGCUCCGGUGGAGCUGUGUGGCUGCAGGGAAGCCCAGGCCGUCUAUUCGCUGGCUGCGCAACGGCCGGCCCCUCAGCACUCAGGAUCGAGUCGAGGUCAACGGAGGCCAGCUGAAGAUCAGCAACCUGACCCUGGAGGAUGCUGGGAUGUACCAGUGCGUGGCAGAGAAUAAGCACGGCACCAUCUACUCCAAUGCAGAGCUGAGGGUGCAAGUUCAGGCUCCGGAUUUUCGCCUGAGCCCCGUGCGGAGACUCGUCCCGGCAGCACGGGGGGGCCAGGUGAUGAUGGAGUGCAGGCCGCGAGCCGCCCCUAAAGCCACUCUCUUUUGGAGCCGCGGGACAGAGCUGCUGACCAACAACAGCAGAGUGACAGUCACACCAGACGGGAACCUCUGGAUCACCAACAUCAGCCGGGCGGACGAAGGGAAGUACACGUGCUUUGCAGAAAAUUACCUGGGCAAAGCCAACAGCACAGGAUACCUCUCUGUCCGAGAUGCCACUAAGAUCACACUGGCACCCUCCAAUGCUGAUAUCAACCAGGGGGAGAAUGUCACCUUGCAGUGCCAUGCAUCACACGAUCCCACCAUGGACCUGACCUUCACAUGGUCUCUAAAUGGAGUCCUGUUGGACCUAGAGGAAGCCAGUGGACACUACCAUCGCACGGAGGGUAAAGAGACCAUUGGUGAUCUGGUGAUUGUGAAUGGCCAGCUAGGACAUGCUGGAACAUAUGUGUGCACAGCCCAGACUGUGGUGGACAGUGCCUCUGCUUCAGCCAAGCUAGUGGUCAGAGGUCCUCCAGGACCACCAGGGGGCGUAGUUGUUAAGGAUGUGAAUGAGACAGCAGUGGAGCUGCGGUGGAGUCGAGGCUAUGAUAAUCAUAGUCCCAUCGGGAAGUACAUCAUUAAGGGAAGGUCACCAUUGGAUCAGGGCUGGAAGCAGAUGCGAUCAGACCCACACAAUAUCGAGGGGAACGCCGAGUCGGCCCGUGUGAUUGGUCUCAUUCCCUGGAUGGACUAUGAAUUCCAGGUCAUUGCCAGCAACAUUCUGGGCAGUGGAGAGCCCAGCAUGGCCUCACAGACUGUCCGCACACGGCAAGCAGUUCCUACAGUGGCCCCCAAUGGACUUGGGGGAGGAGGAGGAGACCGGCACGAGCUCAUUAUCACCUGGACGCCCAUGGCUAGGGAAUACCAGAAUGGGAAUGGGUUUGGCUACAUCUUGGCCUUCCGCCAGCGCAAUGCCCCCACCUGGACGGAAGUGAAGGUGCCCAACGUGGAGUCUUCACGCUUCGUCUACCGCAACCAGAGCCUGUCGCCGUACUGCCCCUUCGAGGUCAAGAUCAAAGCCUACAACAGCAAGGGGGAGGGGCCCUUCAGCCAGAUAGCACUGGUGCAUUCGGCAGAGGAAGAACCAACCGUCUCCCCCCGGAAGAUCAACGCCACCGCCCUGUCGGCCUUCGAGAUACUGGUGUCCUGGGACCCCGUGCAGCAUCUGACCACCAACGGGGUCCUGCGUGGCUAUGAGAUCCGCUACUGGCGUCACCACGAGAAGGAGGCGGCGGCAGACCGCGUGAGGACAGCGGGAUUGGAGACGACGGCGCGGGUCACCGGCCUGAGACCCAGCACGCUGUACCACGUCACCGUCCUGGCCUACAACAGCGCUGGCACGGGCCCCCCCUCCCCCCGCACAACUGUCACCACCAAGAAACCCCCUCCAAACCGCCCCCCGGGAAAUGUCUCCUGGAAGACUGAUGGAUCAUGGGUAACGGUGAUGUGGGAUCACGUCAAAGCUCUGAAGAAUGAGUCGGCUGUGCUGGGGUACAAGGUCCUGUACAAACACGAGGGUCAGUCAGCCCUGAAGGUUCUGGAGAAGGGCAAAACCUCCAUCAGCCUGCCUCUGCCCAAGGACAACAGUUACGUGGUGCUGGAGAUCCGUUCCUGGGGGGAGGGCGGUGACGGGGCCGCUCACGAGACCAUCGUGUCCCGGGAUUCAGGGACUGGAAUGAUGGUGCAGAACACAGCUGUGUUUCUCCAGUCCUGUGACUGUCCUGUCCUCCUUACUGCUGCGGCAUUGUUCACUCUCAUUGGCUUACUGGAGCUCUGA